AGAAGAAGAAGCCUCGUCUCUGCCUGGGAAGCAAAACUGAGGGCAGCAAUUGGAAUUCCUACUAGCAAACAUGGGAGCAGCAGGCUAGCGAGGGCACACGUUGUGUUAAAAGAUUUUAACGUCUGUCAGUCGCAACAACAUUCCGCAAUGUGUCUCCGUAAAUAUCCGGUUAGUUGACUGCUUUGUACUUCACUGCCUGUGCCUCGUGUCUACAGCCGGACGACAUGCUGUAACUGAUCGGUGUCCUCCAGUUGCAGCAACAAUGUUGCCCUCAACCAGCACCCUGGUCCGGUCUGCGGUCAAGCUGCUACCACGGGGUAACUGGGGUCGAGGACGUGUCGGGUGCCCGUGCAGAAACAUUUCUGUGAAACCAGGAGGUUUGAAACCUAAGACGGUUCCACCUCGGUACCUGGGCCAGCCCAGCCCUUACACUCAUCCACACCUCAUCAAACAUGGUGAAGUGACCCCAGGUUUGAGCCAGACAGAAUAUGAGCUCCGGAGACAGAGGCUGGCCUCACUUAUCGAGGCCCAGGGAGACAGACUGGGACCCUCUGCCUCCUCUAGCACCCAUGUGGUCAUUGUUUUGUCCCAUCCGACCCGCUACAUGACCAAUGACAUCCCUUAUCCCUUCCACCAGAACCAGGAUUUUCUCUACCUCAGUGGCAUCCUAGAGCCUGACAGUGCCUUGGUCCUUUAUGGGAAAGGGCGACCAGACCAGGCCAUCUUGUUCGUCCCCCGCAGAGACCCGGGGAAAGAGCUGUGGGACGGGCCCCGGUCAGGGAAGGAUGGGGCGGCUGCUUUGACCGGCAUCGAGAGAGUUCAUAGCACAGAAGAACUGGGUGUUGUGCUCAAGAGCCUUGAAGGCACUCUGCUGUGGUACGAUAGCUCUCAGCCCGCCCACCCUCGGCUCCACCAGGCUCAUGUGUGUCCUGUGCUGGAGGCGGGGCCGAUGCCGCACUCUCUCAGGCCCCUCAUACACUCUCUCAGGGCCCUCAAGAGCUCAGCAGAGGUGGCGCUCAUGCAAGAAGCAGGUCACAUCACAGCACAGGCUUUUAGGAGGACAAUGGCUUUGUCUCAAGGAGACGUGGAUGAAGCUGUGCUCUUUGCUAAGUUUGAUUUUGAGAAUCGGAUCCAUGGCGCCAACUUCCUGGCCUAUCCCCCUGUUGUUGCUGGAGGGAAUCGAGCCAAUACGCUGCACUACAUAAACAACAACCAGAUUAUCAAGGAUGGUGAAAUGGUGCUGCUUGAUGGUGGUUGUGAAUACUUUGGUUAUGUCAGUGAUAUCACUCGAACAUGGCCCGUGAAUGGAAAAUUCAGCCCUGCCCAGGCUGAGCUGUACGAGGCUGUCCUGGAGGUCCAGCGCUCCUGUUUGUCUCUGUGUUCCCCGGGCGUCAGUCUGGAUCACAUCUACAAUACCAUGCUGGCUCUGUUGGGACGACAGCUCAGGCAGCUAGGCAUCGUCAGGGCCAGUACCAGUGAUGCUGAUGUAGUAAAGGCUGCACGGCGGUACUGUCCCCACCAUGUUGGCCAUUACCUGGGCAUGGACGUCCACGACACUCCUGAGCUGUCCCGCUCACAACCUCUACAGCCAGGAAUGGCCAUCACUAUAGAACCAGGGUUGUACAUCUGUGAGGACAAUGACCAGGUGCCGGAACGUUUCCGCGGCCUGGGCAUCAGGAUAGAGGAUGACGUAGUGAUCCGAGACAAGGGAGGCCCUCUGAUUCUGUCCUCUGAUGUACCAAAGACCAUUGCUGAUGUAGAGCAGGCCUGUGCCCAGAGAUAGGGCAGGGAGAGACAGACACGUGACUAAGUGAGCCACAACAUUGAUUGCAGGCAGUGUGCUGUGCUUUUCAACUGUCUACACAGUGAUGACAUCAUCAGGCUCAAGGGCCCAGGUACAUGAAAGGUGGGAGUAUACUGCAAGACACUGGAUUAAGUCUCAGCAAGGCCUCAAAAAUGUAGAAAUCUGGUGUGGAAGAUCAUAGAUUUUGCAGAUGCUUUUGUUGCCUGCCUAAAUUCUUAAAGAAACCAGCACAGGUGGCCUCAUGUUUGUAGUCUUCAACAGUAAAGUUGGCAGUUGUUAACAGGAGUGCGCAAAGUCUUGUCAACAUGCAGUUGAACAGGAUAUUGCACUCAUUACACUGCUCAGUCUUUGAAGUACUUUCUGCAUAAGAACAAAAUUCCAAAAAAGAAAGAAAAGCAAACAUUAAGUGUGCUUCCACCCUACUUAUGAAGAGCACAGCUAAAGGCGGAUUUGGUUGCGUGGCUACAGCAGUACCACAUAGAGACCAAUCAUGAUCAUGUACAAUACAUCCAUCUAGUGACGUGAUGGUGCUAUCAGUGGGUGAAAUCAAAGGCUGAACUAUAAAUAAAGACCUGGGAACACCAGUUUACCUCUUGCAUCAAGAAUAUAUUCAAUUGAAGACCCAGUGGUUAGAUCCAACGACCAUGCAAGCAUUUUCAUUCUUAAAACAUAAUUGCUCCACACCAUGUUUUUGAGAAUUCCCACCAUCAUGGCACACUAGGAUAUAAUUGUUUGUUUGUUGUCUCACUCCAAAGCCUGCAUAUACGCACUUCAUUUGUCUCAUACACACAAAAAUGCACUAUUCUUUGCCAGCUCAUGCUACAGUACAAAAGACCAAAACACCAAAUGUUGGUGUGCUGUAGGAUGGUCAGGAAGGACCAGAGCAUGUCAAAGCAACAGACCACCAUGGUUAUGUACACAAGUGAUGAAUAAAGAAGAACCUGUCUUAAACAGCUGCUCCUGAUAAACCUGGACUGAUGGUAAUGAUUACACCAAUGCACUGAAAUGGCUUAAAAAGUGUACACUGAAAAGAGUUUUGUGUGUGUGUAGUUGUGUAUGUGUGUGGCAGUUUUGUCUUUUCAGCAGAGAGAAAAAUGUCAUCUCUUUUAAAGAAAAUGGUGUUUAUGUGUUUUAAAAAGAUCUCAUUAUUCCUCCUUUCAUAACUAAUAAAUUCUGUUGGUUUGAUGCCCCCUCAAUUAUA